UUUAAUCAUAUAUCAUGAACCGGGGUGGGUACCUUGGUAAGAAUUAAGAUCCUGCGAAAGCGAAACAAAACAAAGCAGAACGGUGCUAGUGUCAGUGUCAACGCGUCGCUUGGAAAGUGCAAGAACCUAGGAUAGAGUUGAAGCUGCGUUCUGAAUUCUGAUUCUGACCACCAAAGUACACAGUCUCUAGGAUCCGAAGGAUAGCCACACGAUCCAGAGAUUUCCACCCUUUGAUCUCAUCCUCAUUACAAAAUGUUUCCUUCUACAUCGUAAACCUUUCUAUCUUUAUCUCUGUCUCCCUCGAGAGUGAAAAAAGAAAAAAAGAAUGGCACUAGUUGAAGACUUCUUCAAGGAAAGGAAAUACCCUUUCAUUUUCACUCUCUUUAUCUUACUCAUUUGCGUCACGCUCUUCCUCUUCACCAAUUCCACCUCAAACCCUGUCGCUUUCUACUCUGUUAUCCAAGAGCAACCACCCCUCGGCACUUCUCAAGCACCUCCUGAGUACACUGCAAAUCCAAAAGAGCAAAAGCUACCCACAAACGUGACCAAUGUCUCAACCGAGAAGGACCAAAUUUUGCCCCAAAAUGAGGAGUCAGAGAAGAUCGAGUGGAAGCUAUGUGAAGACCCUGUGAAUGUUGAUUUUAUUCCCUGUUUGGAUAAUUUUAUGGCGAUUAAGGCUCUGAAGUCGAGGAGGCACAUGGAGCACCGGGAAAGGCAUUGUCCUGAGACUAGUCUGCAUUGUUUGCUGCCCCUUCCUAAAGGGUAUAAAGUCCCAGUUCCCUGGCCUAAGAGCAGGGACAAGAUUUGGUAUGAUAACGUCCCCUAUCCGAAGCUGGUGGAGUACAAGAAAGACCAACACUGGGUAGUCAAGUCUGGGAAAUAUCUGGUCUUUCCUGGUGGUGGUACUCAAUUCAAAGAUGGAGUUGAUCAUUAUAUUGAGUUCAUAGAGAAGACUUUACCAGCAAUAAAAUGGGGAAAGCAUACCAGGGUUGUUCUAGAUGUUGGCUGUGGAGUUGCUAGCUUCGGUGGCUAUCUGCUGGACAAAAAUGUUAUUACUAUGUCAUUUGCCCCAAAAGAUGAACAUGAAGCUCAGAUACAAUUUGCUUUGGAACGAGGAAUUCCUGCAACUCUUUCUGUCAUUGGAACACAAAAGUUGACUUUUCCUGAUAAUGGAUUUGAUAUGAUCCAUUGUGCACGAUGCAGGGUUCACUGGGAUGCAGAUGGUGGGAAGCCCUUGUAUGAGCUCAAUAGGGUUCUUAGACCUGGUGGUUUCUUUGCAUGGUCUGCAACACCAGUUUACCGUGAUGAUGAAAGAGAUCAACAAGUAUGGAAUGCCAUGGUGGCUAUAACAAAAGCUAUGUGCUGGAAGGUUGUGGCUAAGGCUAGUGAUUCAUCCGGAAUUGGGCUUGUUAUAUACCAGAAGCCUACCUCAUCUUCUUGCUAUAAGAAACGUAAAGAGAACAAUCCACCUUUAUGUGAAAAUCAGGAUGGGAAGAAUAGCUCAUGGUAUGCCAGACUCAAUAGCUGCCUUACUCCUCUUCCGGUUGAUGGAAUGGGUAACAUUCAAAGUUGGCCCAAGCCUUGGCCCCAGAGGCUUACCAGUAAGCCCCCUAGUUUACCUUCUGAUUCAGAUGCGAAAGACAAGUUCUUUAAGGACAGCAAACACUGGUCUGAAUUAGUUUCAAAUGUUUAUUUGGAUGGUCUUCCUAUAAAGUGGUCGAGUCUUCGAAAUGUAAUGGACAUGAAUGCUGGUUAUGCAGGAUUUGCCGCGGCUCUCGUUGAUCUACCAAUCUGGGUGAUGAAUGUAGUACCUAUUGAUGUGCCAGAUACUCUUUCUAUUAUAAUGGACAGAGGGCUAAUAGGAAUGUAUCAUGAUUGGUGCGAGUCCUUUAACACCUAUCCUCGCACAUACGAUCUUCUUCAUUCUAGCUUUCUUUUCAAAUAUCUUGAGCGAAGAUGUGACAUUGUAGAUGUGGCUGUGGAGAUUGAUCGCAUAUUGAGACCAAAUGGAUAUCUCGUGGUUCACGAUUCUACGGAAAUACUUAACAAGCUCGUUCCGAUCUUGAGUUCACUUAACUGGUCUGUAACGUUGCAUCAGGAUCAGUUUCUUGUGGGUAGGAAGGGUUUCUGGCGUCCUAUGAGUUCUUGAAACAGAAUGUAUUCUUCAAUCACACACGGAUCAGUAUAGGAUGGAUAAAAAAAGAAAUAGUAGUUGCAACUUACAAAUGUAUUUUAAGAAAGGAAUAUUUAUUCGACAUGUAAUCUUGUCCAAGUGUGAAGUUUGUUAACGAGACAUUUAUUUAGUCAUACAGAGAAUUUUGUUUUUCUAAUAUAAUUUCAUUCUGUAUUAUGAGUUUUUACCAUAACU